UAAUCGGUUGUGUUGGGUCGGACCUUGGGCGUUUUAAUGGCGGAAGAAGGGAAUUCCUUCCUUCUCUGGACGCCAGUUAGUGCCACCCUUUCCAGGCAGGGGGUCCAUGCGGGGGAUGGUGUCCCCCUUCGUCCUGUCCCUCUUCGUCAUCCUCUGGCGCCGGAAAGGGCAGAGCAGCUGAAAAAGGAGGCGUUGCCCUCCAAACAACACAUCAGCUGCAAAUUUAUGCAGAGCCCCGAAAUCCCUGCCGCCGCUCCAGCCUGCGCGGCCGUCCCGCGGAGGAGAACAACGGACGACGGAGCAUCGGGCGCCGCGUCGACGAACAGCCCCGGAAGGCCGCCGAGUCGCUGCGCGUCGCUCCGCCGCGGGGCUCCCGGUGCAGGCGGAGGAACGGCAGCCCGGAGCGGCGACGCUAUGGAGACGGAUGGAGAGCAGAACCAGCAGGGAGCCUCGACCAAUGGGAGCGCGGGGUCAGGGGGCAGCUCCCGUCCCUCACCGAUGAACUCCAUGUCUCCCUAUGAAAGACAAGCCGUGCAGGCCCUGCAGGCGCUGCAGAGGCAGCCAAACGCGGCUCAGUACUUCCAGCAGCUGAUGCUCCAGCAGCAGAUCAACAGCGCCCAGCUGCAGAAUCUGGCAGCGGUGCAGCAGGUUAAGGCGACUCUGGCGGCCAGUCGUCAGUCCAGUCCCUCCAGCAGCAGCUCCUCUCAGACCACCAGCAGCACAGCUGCCAGCGUCACAUCUGGAUCAUCUUCUACGACCAGCAGCCGUCCUCUGGGCGCCACGGCAACAUCCACCAUCAGCCAGUCGGUGCUGCUGAGCGGGACGGCAGGAGGGCAGGGGCAAAUGUACCUGAGGGUCAACCGCUCCCUCCGAGCUCCCAUCCCCUCGCAGCUCAUCUUCAUGCCCGGCAGCACAGCGACCGCCGCCGUGGCGACUGUCGCCCAACAGCCGCAAACGCAGAAACAGGAAGUGGCUCCCACCUCCUCCUCCAGCAGCCAAACGGAUAACGAGCAGGCGCAGAACCUGGCCAUGCGAGGUGUGUCGGGCUCCAAAGCUGUUGGGGUGAAAACUGAAGCCCCGGAGAGGAACGAAUCUGCCUAUUCCCUGGUGCAUCCCUCCCAUCCGUCAAACACCCAGUCCCCCUCCAAGCCCAGCCCCCAGCCAACUCACAUCAAAAUCCCCACUUACCCACACCCCACGAACCUCAAAGCCCACCCCUCCUCUUCCUCUGGUGUGUCCACUUCUUCCUCGUCCUCCACCUCCUCCAUCCCUCUUUCCCAGCUCCUGCUCCACGGAACUCGAACCCUGACCACGGGAACCACUGCUCCCACCGCGCACACCCUGGUCCUCACGUCCGGCGCGGCCUCCCAGCCCCACGGGUACCCGGUCGGCACGGCGACCAUCAAGCCGGCGGUCAAUGCCCAGACGCUGGUGGUGCAGCCCCUGCAGAAGACCUCCCACGGUGCCGACAAGCCGGGCCACGGGAACGGGCCCAUCCCCAUCCAGCCCAAAACCCUGCAGGGCCUCCGCCUGCCUCUCCAGCUGCCUUCCAGGAACCCCCCCCCCAUCCUCCCCGCCCCGCCGCCGGUCAGCAGCUCCGCUCAGCCCUCCCAGCCUCCGCACAUCCCGGUGCAGAUCGUGGGGGCCCGGCAGAGCACGCUGGGCAGCGCCCAGGCUCUGGCGCUGGCGCGGGGCAGCUGCAGCCAGGAGGGAGCGGCCGUUCUCAGCAGCUCGUCCAGUCUGCUCACCAUGGUGGCGUCCAUCGCCUCCAGGGAGGGCGGGGUCAUGGGGCGGGGGGUGGGGCUGAAGACGCUGCAGUCGCCCCAGGAGGCUCCGCCAUUGGCUCAGGUGUCUAAAGUGCAUCCCCAGGCCAACCAGAGCUCUGGACAGAGUCGGAACGGACCUCUGAGUCAGAGCCCCGCCUCCACUCAGUCCUCCAGUGUUUCCUCUCCCUCCCCCUCGCUGUCCCGCUCCUCCCUGUCCCUCCCCCUGGUGCCUGAGGAGCAAAGGGGAGCGUCAUCUGGUGUGACCACCAACGGAGACUCCACAGGAAGUCAGACACCACAGGGAAAGCAGACGACUGUGUCUUUAAAGCGGAAAUCGGACUCCAAUUCGGCAAAUGACGAAGAAGGACCACCUCCCCCUCGGCUCCAGACAGUCAGAGAUGAAGCCUCAGCCUCUCCAGCCAAUCCCAUCGGAGCAGGCUCUGGUUCUCCUCCUCCAGCGUCCUCCUCUCCUGGCCCGGUGCUGUCUGUGUCUUGUGGGGCCUGUGCUCAGGGGGAGAGGGCGCCGCCGCCUCAAGCUGUGGUCAAACCACAAGUUCUCACGCACCUCAUCGAGGGCUUCGUCAUCCAGGAGGGGGCCGAGCCAUUCCCCGUGUGCGGAUCUGUGAAGGACUCGGCCGGAGAGGAUCUGACCAACGACAGCCCGGACACUAACCAGCCGGAAACCGUGACCACAGCAACAGUACUGAAGUGUGAGUACUGCAAAAACUUUGCACCUGCCAGCCAGUUCAGAGGCACCAAAAGGUUCUGCUCCAUGACGUGUGCCAAGAGGUACAACGUCAGCUUCAGACAGCACUUCUCAGUGCGGCAGAGCCACAGCCAACGUCAAAACCAGGAGCGCGCUCCGGACCGGGACCAGGCCGAGGGUCACCUGUCCAACUCGGAUGAGGAGGGCGGGAUCGCCAGGAGGAGGGUACCCCGCAGGACUAGUUCCGAAAUAGCCAGUGCAAAGAUAGCAGGGAGACCCCUGCCUGUCAAGUGCCGCUCCGAGUCCAGCCACUCGGAGGAGGAGUCUACUGGAGAGGAGGAUGAGGACCCCAUGUCUCUCUCGCCCGCUUCCUCUGCUUCCUUCCACCAGCCGCCGCCUCCGCCACUGCAGACGGAGAGCUCUGCUCCCAGCUGCCCGUCAAACAGCCCCGCCCAGUGGAGCGUGGAGGAGGUGUCGCAGUUCAUUUCCUCACUGCAAGGCUGUGAGGAGCUUGCGCCCCAGUUCCUGUCUCAGGAGAUCGACGGACAGGCUUUGCUCCUGCUGAAGGAGGAGCAUCUUAUGUCUACUAUGAACAUCAAAUUGGGCCCUGCCCUCAAAAUCUGCGCCCACAUUAACAAUCUGAGGGACUGA